ACUCCUUCCUGCGGUUGUCUACCGCUGUUUUUCGAUCACUUUAUAUCAUACCACCACAAAGAAAUCUUCAGUGGGAACAAAGGAAACGCUGAGAUAAAAAUUACAAAAGGGCUUUGAAGGUCAAAUGAAUUUGAUUGUGUUUAAAACAACGUUACCGCGAAUUGACUCCGAAUAUGCAUAAUUGUGUGGUUUCGUUUGUUUCUCCAACUGACAGGCUAAGAUCAGUUGCUAGUAUAACGUUGUAAAACUCAGCCGAGACAGCUUAAGGUUCAAUGCAAAUGACAUGUAGAUUGUUUCUGAUGAAAGUACAGUAUGCUGGGUCCGCAUCAAAAACAUGAGCGAAUUUAAGCAUCGAUUAGAAGACAGAUGUACGUUACCAUGUUCUAUGGUGUGCAAGAACUGCCCGGACUACAUGUACAAUUUUGAGACGUUGAGAGAGACCUGGACACGAGCUAGUCGCGAACAAGGGAAAAACUGCUACGAACGAAUUAAGUAUUAUUUCAAUCAUUCUUUCGAUCGCCAUUUGAAAGAAAUGAUUUUUGUGGUAGCCUACGGUCUCGAUCACAACGCUGGAAUUUUCCUGGAUUUCAAAGGGUAUGAAUUAUUUAAAGAAAAGAUGGAAAAAGCAGCAGAGAUGACAAAAAAUUUGCCUGAUGUUGAACCAGUUAAAUUAUCCAGGAAAACACCGCAAAUAAUGCGAGUCUUUAAAACCUUGAAAGAUUUCGUCAUCUUCAAUGACCAGUUGCGACAGAAAAAUCGUUCCAUUGCUCGUCAAAGGCACAUCAACGGAGUGCAUUCACUUCAAAGGAUAAAUGAAACUAUUGACCAGAAACCACCCUUAUUUUUAGCUUUCAACGUCAAAUUUUUUGAGCAAGACUACACAAAAAUCUUGCAAAUUGGGUACGUAGUGUUUUCGUUGGAAAGUGAGCAGGACGGUGAAAACAGUCAUCUAUUCUUAGUGAAGGAAAAUAUAUCUUUGUUAAACAAUAAUACGCAGUUAGAGAACUACGACACCUCUUUAUUUCGCAAUGCAGAGGUUGCAAGACUAACUGAUAUAAUAACCAAGCUGCAAGUGCACAUUUCGAAGGUUGAUUUUUUGAUGACCCAUUCAACAUCUACAGAAGAUAUUCGUAGCUUCCUCAAGUCUCAAGGCCUUCACGAAGAACACAAGGAAAUUAUUGAUACACUCACUCUCUAUUCUGUUUUUUUUCCUGACUCUCGAAAAAACAACAGCAUAGAAGACAUUCUGAUUAAGCUGGAAAUUCCGUGUGAAAUUCGCAGACUUCAAAACGCUGGUUACAACGCCUUUUGCAUCAUGAAGAUUUUUCUAUCGCUUCUUAAGCAGGAAUACUGUGAAUGCCUUAAAUUAUGAGCUUAUCAAAAGCUCGUGAUCGGUAUUCGCCCGUGCAAAAGCUUCGUCGGCUAUUUUAAGUCCGUUCUUGCAGCAGAACUUCCCAGGGAAAAUCUUUUAAGUUAAUCAUCUUUGUUAGAUUGUUUUUUAAAGACAUUGCACAACUAAGAAAGAGAGAAAAAGUGAACAAAACAAACGUUGGACCACAAUAGAAGACUUUUUAUCAUGAUUUAUUUUCACAAGAAGUUUGAUCGUGUGUAAGUGCUUCAUCCAUUUUCCUUUCAUGGGUAAAAAAUCUACAAACUUUGGUUCACAUCUAGACGGGUGGGGAAGGGAGAAUUGGAGCUCUCACAGCGCGCUAUAUUAAGAAUUGGCUAAGGAGAGAGGGUCGGUUAACAGUUAAAUAAAAAUAAAAAACAAAUACACAUUAUUAAACAUUGGACAGAAAUAGACGCUGGCAACUCAGAAAAUCAACAGUUUAGGUUGUUACAUAAAAAAUAUGUAAUUUUAUCUUGGUAUUGUAGUUUUUAAUAAAAGAUUACAUUUUUUAUAUUUCUGGUGUGAAUUUUCAUUGCUGAUAUCUUUAAGUUGAUUUUUUUGUGUGGGCUACCUAUUUUUCCCCUUACGAAAAUUAGCGGUUUGAUGGACGCUUUUCCAGUAAAGAACCCCCAAGUUUAAAUUACAUUUGAGUGUUGGCCUAUUACAUCAUUCAAGAAAGAAAAAGCACAGUUU